AUGUUGUCCUCCCUGGCAUUUUCCGUGCCAUUGCUCCUCGCGGGCCUCCAGGCCACCACCGUCGGCGCCAUCUCCCCCAUUUCGGCGGUCGGCUCCAAGUUCUUCUACGAGAACGGAACCCAGUUCUACAUCAAGGGCAUUGCUUAUCAGCUUACCCCAAGUGACCCGCUUGUCGAUACUGCCCAAUGCAAGCGCGAUAUCGUCCGGAUGGCCGAGCUGGGCACCAAUGCUAUCCGUGUGUACCACGUGGAUGCCAGCGCUGAUCACAAAGGCUGUAUGUCGGCAUUGGCCGAUGCUGGAAUCCACUUGUUCGUCGACUUGGACACCUUUACUACCCAGAUUGAACAGACCGCACCUCACUGGAACGAAACCCAGUUUGAUCACUUCAAGGCCGUGCUCGAUGAGUUCCAACAGUUCGACAACACCGCCGGUGUCUUGGUCGGAAAUGAGGUCCUCACGACGGCCGAUGGUUCGGCGGCUGCGCCCUACGUCUUGGCAGCUGCUCGCGACGUUAAGGCCUACCGUGAUAAGAAGGGCUAUCGCGAGAUUCCUGUUGGUUACUCCGCGGCCGAUAUUGCCGAUCUGCGACCCAUGCUGCAGAACUACAUGGCCUGUUCUAAGAAUGCGUCCGAGCGCUUGGACUUUUACUCGCUGAACGCCUAUGAGUGGUGUGGCUCGUCCAGCUAUGAACAGUCUGGAUACAAUAUGCUGCAGAAGAACGCCACCGAUUACCCCAUCCCUAUCUUCUUCUCCGAGACCGGCUGCAACACCCCCUCACCCCGCACCUUUGAGGAUCAGGCUGCCAUCUUCGGCGAUAAGAUGUCUGACACUUGGUCCGGAUCCAUCAUCUACGAGUGGAUCGAGGAGACCAACGACUAUGGCUUGAUCAGCUAUGGCGCUUCUGUCGACCCGGCGACCGCAACCGCAAGCAACAUCGAGGACGGCUUCACCCGCCAGGGAACCCCAACACCCGUGUCGCCUGAUUUCAACAACCUCAAGUCGCAGUGGGCGACUCUGAACCCGAGCGGUGUUGCCCUUUCCGCCUACAAAAAGAGCGCCUCCAGCGCCGCCAUCGAGUGCCCUGCCUCGACCUCGGGUGGAUGGGCCGUUGACCCAAGCUCGCCGCUUCCUACCUUGGGACAGACCUACAAGAAGGGAUCUUCAUCUGAAUCCACAGCGACCGGUAAGACUACCAAGGCCAGUGCGACCACUUCAAGCGGAACAUCCUCGGCAUCGGCAACAAAGGAAGGCGCUGCUCACUCUGUGACUGUCGGCUCGCCAGCUACUGAGCGCCUGCUCGCUGGAUCCUUGGUGCUGUCUGGUCUGCUGGGAGCCGUUGCUUUCUGGCUUUGA